AUGCCUCCCCAGCAGCAGGCCUACAACACUCAGCCGUUCGACUAUGCGCAGCAGCAGCAGCAGCAGUUACAGCAGCUCGAGGCCGGACGGAAGCGACGCCGUUCGCCGUCGCCGGAGCGGAGUCGGGACUACGACCGAGACGACCGAGGCGGCGGCCGGGACAGGGACCGGGACAGGGAGGAGCGGGGCUGGAGCAGGGACAGGGAUCGCGAGGACAGAGGCAGCAGGGACCGGGACAGAAGGGACAGGAAGAGCGGGUGGGACGCCUGA